AUGAAUCUCCAUGGAUUAACCCUCAAUGAAGCACGUCACAUCAAUCUCUCUUUACAUUACUUAGAACGUGUCAUUCAAGCACUUUCGCGGAAAGGUACCCACCACGUGCCAUACAGAAACAGCAUGAUGACAUUCAUCCUAAGAGAUUCUCUAGGCGGUAAUUGUUUGACAGCAAUGUUGGCUACUUUGAGUAUGCUGCAUGUCAAUCUGGAUGAAAGCAUCAGCACGUGCAAAUUUGCCCAGCGCGUUUGUCUUAUCACUAUGAAUGCUAAUGUUAACUACUUGCCGAGUCCGGAGAAGGAAAUUGAUUAUUUGCGUUCAGAGAUCAAACGAUUGAAGAAACAGAUUAACGAAACUAAUAAUGCGAAUAAACAACUGACGGAACAAGAAAAAGAUGAGUGUAUGUUUGCUAUCAAACAAUAUUUAUUAGGCGAAGAUGAUUUUGUCAUGAUAAAUGAUAUGAGAAAAGUUAAAUAUUGUAUAGAGUUUAUGAGGGACAAACUGUCGUUGAUGACUAAAGAACUGGAGUCUCAGAAUUUACGCUCAACGCUUGAUAUUAAACGGAAAAAAUGUAUGGACGAGAUGGAAUCAAAGUAUAAACAAAUUAUUGAGCAGAAAGAUGAAGAAAUUUGUAUCCUUUUAAACAAAACUUAA